UGCUAGCUGGGGCUGCUUUGGAUGCGAAGAGGGGGAAGAACCCGGAGAAGGAAAGAAGGGAGGGGAGGACGGCUGGGCCUUGGAGUGGGGGCCUCUUUUGGGAGAAGGGAGGUACAGCAGGUUUCCCAGGAUGCCCCGGGGUGAUGCUCCCUGUUAGUCCCCCUUCUGGUCCGCCUUGGCACAGCCCUUGGGUACAACAAUGGAUCUUGUCCUAAACUAUGCAGACAGCUCUGUUUUGACGCCUUAUGUUUAUCCAGAAACAUGGCCAGAAGACGACCCUUUUCGACAGAUUAUUAGUCUCCUUUUCAUAACAAACCUGGGUGCAUAUGCUGUUUAUCUUCUGUUUGGCAUUUUAAACUACUAUUUCAUAUUUGAUCACUCACUCAUGGAACACCCCCUGUUUUUAGAGAAUCAAGUACAGCGUGAGAUCAUUUUCGCCAUCAAAUCCUUGCCAGGGAUGAGCAUCCCCACAGUUGCCAUCUUCUUUGCUGAAGUCAGAGGCUACAGCAAGCUCUAUGAUAGCGUAGAAGACUCUCCUUAUGGUUGGUUCGGUAUUAUCUUCAGUAUGCUGUCCUUUCUCUUCUUCACUGAUAUGAGUAUUUACUGGAUUCAUCGAUUCCUUCAUCAUAAAUAUUUAUAUAAGCGUUUCCACAAGCCGCACCACGUCUGGAAGGUUCCGAGUCCAUUUUCAAGUCACGCGUUCCACCCUCUGGACGGCUUCCUUCAAAGCGUCCCGUAUCACAUGUACCCAUUCUUUUUUCCUCUGCACAAGAUGACCUAUUUGGGCCUCUACGUCUUUGUCAAUGUAUGGUCAGUCUCCAUUCACGACGGGAACUUCCGCGUUCCUGAAGUAUUGAAGCAGAUUAUCAACGGGGCUGCCCAUCACACCGACCACCAUUUAUAUUUUGAUUACAACUUCGGCCAGUACUUGACGCUCUGGGAUAGAAUUGGGGGGUCGUACAAAAACCCUUCCUCUUUUGAAGGGAAAGGGCCCCAUCAUUAUAUGAAUAAACUGAAAGAAAGCAAAUUGAGCAGUUUGAGCAAUGGACACAGAAAUGAGAAAAUGCUAGAAGAAGACAAUUCUAAAAAUAAAUAAGCCCCUUCCUAUCUGAGGAUAGAAAUCUCUAUAUGCAUUAAGAACUGGCAUAUAAAUAGAAUUCCCUUUCCUGUAACACCACUGGGAGUCAGGCACUAUAGACGUCAAUAAGGAAUCUUUGCAAUGGAAUUAUGUAGCUAAGAAUCAAGAUGUUUUAUUACGAGGACUGUGCUUGGAGAAGCAGAAAGAAAUAAGAGCCCAGUUGCAGAGCAACGCCUCUGAUUUUGAUAAGGAAUGUAGGAAUUGUCUGUAACUCUUUAUAUUACUGGUGGCACAUUAAAUUGCAGAGUGGGAUCUUCUCGCUUCUUCCAUGAUGCAUAGGAGCUGAAACCUGACAUGUCAUUGGAAUGGGCUGGAAGUCCUUUUGCUUUUUCGUGUGAAGUUAACCCCGUGACUCCUGUCCAUACUUGGCUGCAGUUCACUUGUAGUUCUAUCAGGAUGCUUUGAGUCAGUGCUGUGCAGUUAACUGGCUAUAAUUGCCUUUGCCUCUUCUUUUUACUAGAAUGAAAAUGGACAUUAACAUUGGGGCAUUGGUGAUAUUCCUUAAUUUGGAUGGAUGUAUAUUGAACAUGCAGUGCGGUGUGUCAAUUUCUAGUAGGCGGUGCACCCAUUUUCGAAAUGCACCCAUCUACCUAGACAAUAAGAUACAGGGAUUCGUUUCAUGUGACGCAUAGUAUCUCCCAAAAGAUGUUGACAUGUCCUGGGUUUUCUGAAUUAUUAAGUGCUUACAGCGAAGUGGUAGUUUGCCUAGCUUGUGCUGAUGUAGAAUAGAUGCUUGUUGAGUAUUUUAAUUUUCUGUAGCCAAAAGCAUCGCCAUACAAGUGCAGAAAUAAAGUAUAGGAGCUCUGUUA